UUCACCGUAAACAUGGCUGGAGAUAUCAUUUCAGAAGGCGAGGAAGAGAAUAUUUUGUACGAUUUAUUAAUAAAUACUGAGUGGCCACCGGAGACCGACACUCAGUUAAGAGGAAACAAGAAACGGAGUUCAUCUGUGAUCGCAAAGGCAGUGACUGGCCCGUUUAGAUUCAUUCUACAUUAUCUCUGGUACAGUCCGUCGAGCUCCUCGCUGCCUCCGGGACUUGUUCGACUCGUCAGUAAACAAAUUAACUGGCAGCUGGUGCUGGCGAGUAAUGGGAAAUUAUUGGCGGUCGUUCAGGAUCAAUGUGUGGAAAUCAGGUCUGCCCGAGAUGACUUCGGCUCCCUCGUCGGAAAAUGCCAAGAAGACGUGGGGACCGCGCAAGUCUUCCGGCGUGGCCCCGGGGCCCGGCAGGGCGCGACGCGAGGGCGGUUCGUUUGCGGCCAUUUCGGGCCGUUAAACCCGUCGAACCGGCGGUCCGUGAGCGAGGCCAGGACUGGGCGCGGCGGUUCCCUCGGCCCUCGCCCCCGCGUCUCCGCCCCCGCCCGUCAGCCCGACCUUCACGGGCGCCGGCAGCCUUGGGCCGCCGCCCGCGUCGUGACAAACGGCCCGCGGCCGAGACCGGCCGUCCUCGGAGCGACGGGGCAGGGACCGAGUCCUCACUGGCGGCGGGUGGCCUGGAGCCAUGACUGCACCCUGCUGGCCUACGCUGACAGCACGGGCACCGUCCGUGUGUUCGACCUGAUGGGGAGCGAGCUGUUCCUCGUCCCCCCGGCGGUGAGCUUCCCCGGGGACUUCAGCUACGCGGCGGCCGGCCUGAUCUUCCUGGAGUACACGGGCAGUGCGCAGUGGUCCGCGGAGCUCCUGGUCAUCACCUACGGCGGCCAUCUUAAGAGCUACCUGGUCAGUGUUGGCACCACGCAGGACUUCCAGGAAAGCCACUCUUUCAGCUUCUCCCCCCACCACUCCCACGGCAUCGCCACGGCCGUCUACCACCCUGGCCACCGGCUGCUGCUGAUUGGCGGUUGCGAGGCCGGGGAGGAGGAGUCCUCAAAGGCCGCUCGCUGUGGACUGACGGCCUGGAGGGCUCUGUCCGGAGCCCCGCACUACAAACAGGUCACCAGCUACGAGGACGACAUGGCCUCGGCUCAGAGACGAGGCUUCUUCAGGAUCCCCAGCCUGCGAAUCUUCGGGGGCCAGAGCAGCGAGAAGGACGGAAUCUUCCGGAUCAGCCUCUCUCCCGACGGUUCGCUCCUGGCAGCCAUCCACUUCUCGGGCCACCUGACCCUGUGGGAGGUCCCGUCCCUCCGACAGAGAGCGGGGUGGGCCCAGGACUUGCAGCCCGGAUUUGAUGAGAUCAACCCGGAGUGGAAGAAUUCACUGGAGAAAAGGAAGAAAAUAAAAGAUAAGGAGCAGUACUACCCCCUGCUGGACGUGAGCUGGUGGAGUGACAGCGCGGUGAUCCUGGCUCGCUGCUCCGGCUCUCUGACCGUGUCCUCCGUGCGCACGCUGAGGAACCUGCUGGGGAAGUCCUGCGAGUGGUUCGAGCCCUCGCCCCAGCUCACCACUGCCCACGAGGGCCGCUUCCUCAGUCUGGAGUGCGAGAUCAAGCUGGCGCAGAAGAGGCUCCGCCUGGAGAGCAGUGCCUGCGAGGACGAUGAGGGCGAGGACGACUCUGACUCGGAGGACGAGUCCUCCGCCCGCGCGCGCUACUUCAGCUACGUCAAGCAGGGCCUCUACUACGUCACCGAGAUGGAGCGCUUCGCCCCGCCCCGGAAACGCCCGCGCACCGUCACCAAGAACUACCGGCUGGUGUGCCUGCGCUCCACCACGCCCGAGGAGCUCUACCAGAGAAAGAUCGACAGCGAGGAGUAUGGGGAGGCCUUGUCGUUGGCUCAGGCCUACGGAUUGGACUCGGACCUGGUCUACCAGCGGCAGUGGAGGAAGUCCACCGUCAGCAUCGCGUCCAUACAGGACUAUCUGAGCAAGAUUAAGAAGCGCUCGUGGGUGCUUCACGAAUGCGUGGAGAGGGUUCCGGAAAACGUGGACGCCGCCAAGGAGCUGCUGCAGUACGGCCUGAAGGGCACGGACCUGGAGGCUCUCAUCGCCAUCGGCAACGGCGAGGACGGGGGCAGAUUCAUCCAGCCCGGCGACUUGGACGUGGAGGACGUUCCUUACGAAGACUUCCUCUCCCCGGGAGAGGAGCUGCAGAGGAAGAAGGAGACCGAGGCGAGGAAGAGGCAGGAGCUGCUGAUGAAGGUGGACUUCGGCAGGUUGACCCUGGAGCAGAAGGAGCUCUGUCGGAGCCGGCUGAAGCUGCUCUGUUACCUGGACCGCUUGGCCACGUACGAGGAGAUCUUAGGAGGCCCACACGCCGCAGAGCAGCGAUACGACGCAGAGUUCUUCAAGAAGUUCCGCAACCAGAACAUCCUGCUGUCAGCGCUGACCUACGCCAGGGAGAGUAACGUUCAAGCCUUGGACAUCUUGUUCACUUAUCACGGAUCGGAGCUGCUCAAGCAUCGGCUGGCCGUCCUGCACAACUUCCCCGAGACCACGUCCCCACACGAGUACACCAUCCUGCUGCCCGAGGCCAGCACGGAUGAGACGGGGAACCUGAGGCUGAUCCCGUGGGACGAGCUGAGUCACCGGGAGACAGACUGGUGCGAGGAGCCGGAGUGCAGGUCCGUGGUGGAGCCCGGCUCUCAGGACGAUGAUGAGUUCCUGUACGAGGAGCAGCCGGAGCUCCUGCGGUUCCGGUCCGCCGACCCGCCCGUCUCCCUCCUCACCGGGUGGUACCUGAGCCGGGCCGAGGCCAUCGACAGCUGCUCCCGCCAGGUGGACUGUGCGCUGUCCCUGGUGCGGCUGGCGAAGGAGCGGGAGAUCCCGGGCCUGGAGCUGCUCUGUGACGACCUGGUCACCCUGGAGACGCUGGUGUACGAGACCGCCUGCGAGCUGAGCCUGACGCUGCAGGAGCUGCAGCAGCUGAAGGACAUCGACAAGCUGCGUCUGCUGAUGAAAAACUCACCGGAGGAGCGGUAUGUGAAGAACACGUACCAGUGGAUGAUGCCCUUCCUCCAUCGCUGCGAGAGCCAGCGUGCGGGUUCCUCCAGCGCCCUGCUGAGGGAGUACCUGGUCUCCCUGUCCAAGGAGGACCUCACCCUGCCCCUCAAAAUCUUCCAGCACUCCAAGCCCGAAUGCCAGAAGAAGAUCAUCGGGGACCACGACCAGCUGAUGUCCGUGGCCCUGGAGUGCAUCUACAGCUCUGAGCGGGACGACCAGCUGUCCCUGUGCUACGACGUGCUGGAGUGCCUCCCGCAGAGGGGCUACGGCUCUCACAGUGUGGCGGAGGUGCUGGAGAAGCAUGGCCUACAGAAGCCCAUCUCCUUCGUGCGGAGCAGCCAGAACAGCCGUGAGGAGGCCCACCAGCUCAUGGUGAAGCUCACCCGCCACACCGGCCGCAAAAACCCUCCGGUCAGCGAGAACGUGUGGAAGGGGCUGCUGCAGGACCUGCUGGACAUGCAGCAGAACGUCUACUCAUGUCUGGAGCCCCAAACCUGCCACCAGAUCUUCACCGAGAGCCUGCUGUGCUCCAGCCGUCAGGAGAACAUCCGGCUGGCGGGCCAGAUGAUGCACUGCAGCUCCCUGUCCCAGGACGUGCCCGUCAGCCUGGCCUUCCGGGGCUCCCGGGGGGCCUCCCACCCCAAAGUGUCCUACAGCAGGAGCGUGGAGCUGGUGCUGGCCUCUGCCCGAGAGUACUUCGACUCCUCCACCUCGCUGACCGACAACUGCAUGUGUCUGGCGCGGUCCUGUUUGCAGCUGAUUUCUGACUGCCCUCCAGACAUCCAGGAAGAGCUGGACUUGAUCAGCGCUCUCAGCCAAUUGGAGGAUUUCGGAGUGAAGAUCCUGCCCUUGCAAGCCGAGCAGCUGUCCCCUCCUCCUGCGGUCGGCCGCAAACCCCCGGCGUUCUCCUCCGCGUUUGAUGAUGUGGCAUUUGUGCCGCCCGCGCCAAAUGUUCCCCUUGUACCUCCACCGUCUCUGGGUGACUCUGGAGCCAGCUGUCCAUCACCUCGCAGGGCCCAGUACACGGGCCGCCAGCCACGGUCCGCCCAGAUCCGAUUCCCCAACGCGGGGUCCGUCUCCGCACCGGAACCGUGCCGCGACCCAUUCGGUCCCAAGAGCGCCGCCCGGCAUCCGAGAGUAACUACCGUAAAAUCCCAAGAGUGCCGCAAGCCCCCGCCGAGCGUCCUCUCGCCCCCCGAAAGGGGACCGGUCGAAACGAACGGACCCCCCCCUCCCCCAACCGCGACCGCAGAGCCUCUCCCUGCAGAGCCGGGCGGCUUCUCCGCCUGCCUUCCGGAAGAUCCUGUACCAGGCAGUGCAUUACCAGAUAGACGCAGACCCCUGCUCAGGUUGGUGAUGGGCAGGGCAGCACGACUGGAGCGUCCGAUGCUGUCUCCUCUCAGGCCGAGGCUAACGCUAACGCCGCUAGCGGCGGGCCGCUCGACGGACCUGCUGAAGAGGACCACCGCUAAGACCAUGGCGGUCAUUUCUAACACCACCACCACCACCAAGGCUGUCCUGCAUGCUGUCAGCGACUCGCAGUGGUGGAAAGCCUCGCUUAACUACCUCCGCCCUCUACAUGGCCAGGGGCCUGGUUCUGCUCUGAGGGGGCCGUCUGGGGGGACCGGGGCUCUGGAACAGCAAGGCUGUAACCCGUUCUACCAAGCCCUGUUUGAUAAUCCCUAUAUUGAUGAAAACGAGGAAAUAUACACCUCCUACGACCACAUUCCUCUGGAAAACUUCGCCGAAGUUUUACUGCGGACCGGCAAGCUCGCCGAAACCAAAAGUGAAGGCCAAACCCUGUUUCCGACCACAGAAGUCCUCAUCCAGCUGGCCGCGGACGCUCUUCCUAAGGAUAUGACGUUGGCCUUGGCCUACUUGCUGGCGUUGCCUCAGGUCCUGGACGCCAACAAGUGUUUUGAGAAGCAGUCGCACUCUGCCUUAUCGCUACAGUUGGCUGCAUAUUAUUACGCCCUGCAAAUAUAUGCGCGGCUGACUCCCUGUCUCAAGGACAAAUGUCACCCACUUUACCGGGCCGACCCGAAGGACCUGAUUGGGCUGGUGACGCAGCACGUGACCGACAGCCGGGAAGCCGAUUGGCCGGAGGAGCUGGAGCGGCUGAUCGCGCAGCUGCGGCUGUAUAACGAGCGGCUGACCGACUUCACCCAGGCGCAGGUCCUCAGUGGGCUGGGCCGAGGCGUCGACGUCUCCCGCUUCUCCGCCGACGGCCAGUACAAGAAGGAGACCAUCCUGGGGCUGGCAGAGACCCUGGAAGACAACGUGUACCGGAUUUCCCUGUCCCUGGCCCAGAGAUACGCCGUUCCUCUUUGGGAGGUGUACAUGACGCAUCUGGAGUUCCUCUUCACCGACAGCGGGCUCUCGACGAAGGACAUCGCGAGUCGGAGCGAGGCCCUGGGCCUGUUCGAGACGCUGCGGGGCGACCCGUCGGCGUUCUACGAUCACAUGACCAAGUACGUGUACCCCAGCGUGGCGGGCACGGACCUCCCGCGGCUGCUGUUCUUCUUCACCCUGCUGGAGGAGUGCGGCUGCGCGGAGCUGGUGCGGGCCUCCAUCAAACCCGAGACCCACGUGCGGCUGCUGAAGAAGCUGAAGGCCGUGGCCACAGGGCUGGACUACAGGAAGCUGACGGACGACGACGCGGACCCUCUGCUGGCCCUGCAGCCGGUGCUGACCAGCCAGAACGUGCUGUCCGUCUCCAAGCUGCUCUCCAGGCUGCCCCUGGGCCCCCGGGGGCCGCUGUCCUCCAGCGCGGUCCACGCCGCCUGGCUGGGGAAGCUCUUCUGGAAGGGGGACCCCCAGGUGCUGAAGAGGCAGCCGCAGUCCGACCAGGACUUCCUGCACGCCUACGACGCCUGCGCCAAGUACCUGGACCGGCUCGUCCCCUCCGACGCCGUGGCCUUCCUGGACGGCGUGACCUUCUCCCCCGAGGCAGCCCGGCUGCUGGCGGUGGAGACCCGGAGAGAGGUCACUAAGAGGGCCCUGAGGGCCGUCAGGCAGCUGAGCGAGAGAGCCAGGAAGAAGGGCGGGGAGGAGAGCGGCCAGCUUCCGGAGAGUUCCCCCGCCUGCUUCGAGCAGGCCGUCGCACACCUGCAGCACUCCCUGGAUCAUCUGGAGUCGCUCCGGCACCCCUUCAUCCAGUCACUCAGGAGCAGUGAGGAGGAGCCCCUGCAGCAGUACAGCCGUGUGUAUGACCUCUCCAGGUCAGACCGGGAGCAGGUCCACGACCUGGCGGUCACCAUGCUGACGGACGGGCGGCCGCUAGGAGACGUGCAGCAGCUGCUGGAGGUGGCCGUCGGGCCCCUGGGCCUCUCCCCGAAAAGAGUGGCCCAGGACGCCAUCCAGAGGGUGGUCUCGGCCCUGAGCGGGGGAGAUGAACACAGUUUGACGGGUGGCAGGGACCCCCUGGUGGUCCUGGAGGGAAUUGUGUCAUCGGUGCACGCCGACGUCCAGAACGGGGGCCGUGCGGUCUCCUCCGAUGACAUCCUCUCAUGGCUGAGGCCGUUCUGCGGGGACCCCUCCCUGCCCGUGAGGGGGAGGAUGGAGGCGUUGCAGAUACUGGAGAGGGCCUUCCCCCUGGGCGAGCAGGACAGCCGUCUGCUGCUGCUCUACCGGAGCCAGGCCGUGCUGGAGCCCUGCUGGCCCCACAGACAGUUGGAGAUGGCCGACGUGGAGAGCGAGGAGGUGAGGGACGGGCUCUUCGCCGAGCUGCUCCUCUCCAGCUCCACGUGGGAGGAGACGCAGCACCUCGCGCUGCUCCUGCAGGCCUGGCCUCCUCCAUCGCCGCCGCCGCCGUCCGGCCCAGACACUGACGCCGCGGCGGAGAGCCCCUGGGUGAGGCUGACCCGCGCCAUUUUGUCUCUCCGCGGGACGGACGGCGAGGGCGGCGUGGACCUGGGCGCGGAAGUGCUGGGCAUGUGCCGCUCCCUCCAGCCAACCGGACACAAGCUGCCUGUGGAGUGCGUGGGGCAGAUUUCGGGCCUGCUCCUGGCCCAGCCCGGGCUGGUUCUCCCGGCCCUGAAGCUGAUGGCGGAGACGGGGGACGAGCAGCUCCUGACGCGCGCCCUGGCCCAGAUGAGAGGCGUCGAUAAAGUGGACGAGUCGAACUGUGACGAGGAGCUGCUGUCCCUGCUCCUGGACGCGGGGCUCCUGAUCGGGUGUGUGGGGACGCUGUUCUACCCCCGCCUGGUGGACCACCUCCUGGCCCACCACCAGGAGAGGGGCUGGGACGUGGAGGGGAUGUGCAGGGAGAUGCAGGCCUCUGGCCGGACCGCAGAGGCCGGCUCCCUGCUCCUGACCCUCCGCGGGACCCACCCGGGCCAGUUCACCUUCAACAGCGCGCUGGCCGCCGUCCGCAGGUGGCUGUGAACGAGGGAGGGGGCGCGGCCAGGCCGGGCGGCCGAUCGGAAGCCAGGUUCUCACGGAACGGCUUCCCAAUUCCUCCCGCUCGAUCUCAAAUCAGAGACGAUGCCUUAGAGACACUCUACUAACUGACCUAUAGUGUAUGUCACUGACACUUUCCGCGAAUGCUCUUUUAUAACAGGUUUAUAACUUCUUUAUAAGCAGUCUAUUACACCUCAAUGAGUGCUACGUAAAUAUAUGAUUGUAUGAUUUACGCUAUGUUUAUGUCAGUAGUUGUAAGUAGGUGUAUGGGGUGUGUUGUGUCAGCACCGAUGCAGCGAGUACUUGCCAUAUUCCCACUUGUAGUUAUUCAGCAUUUAUUAAUGUCUGUUGUGCUAUUGAAGGUGCUAUUCAGUGCUUAUAAUGGUGUUGUAGAGCCCUUAUAAAGGGACAUUCAUAGAAAGUGUAGCCCAUGUGUUUUUCCCGUACAAAUCUACGGUUGUCGACAGUUUGUUAUGGUACUGUGACACAGUGUAUAAUCAUUAAAGCAUAACGAUAAUUGAAUGCUUGAAUUUUGCUGUGACUUUAUAUACGUGUAGGUCCAGGACAACUCUUGAGUAUGCUGUACAGGAGAUCGAUUAACCGUUAUUUUUUGUUUUCGUUUCUUUAAACUCAUUGUUCCCUGAAGCUCCUUCAUGCCACGUGGUUAUUUAACGCUUUAGUCGCAUUUUAAUUUUGGCCAUAAUAACUCAUGGAAAUGCUGAAGUCACAUUGUGCCGGUGAUGGAAUACGGCUAACAGUAUGUUAUCCAAAUAAUAAAGAUUUAAAGAUGCACCAAUA